CAAAUCACAAUCAUUACUAAUCCCUGCUUCAGCAACCACCUCUCCUUCCUCUUUCUUCUUCACAAAAAUCCCCAAAUUCUCAAUUAAUUCUUCACUUACAGAAAUUCAGAGUUGAAUUCGAACAAGAAUCAAUGGCGAUCGACGCUGAAACCGCAGCAACAUCGUACUCCUCAAAUACGCAACCACUCUACAACUCCAACUGCGACGAAAUCUUCAUGCACCACAGACUCCAAUUCUCUAACAAUCUAAAGGACUUGAAAAACCUAAGGCAGCAACUCUAUUCUGCAGCGGAGUAUUUCGAGACAUCCUACAAUAAGGAUGAUAAUGAUCGCAAACACAUCGCGUUCGAAUCGUCGAAAGAGUACGUCUGCAAAGCUCUUGUUAGUACUGUCGACCAUUUGGGGUCCGUCGCCGACAAACUUAACAAAUUUUUGGACCAGAAAACAGAGGAAUUCUCUUCCACCAACACACGCUUUUAUUGCAUUGAAAAGAGGUUAAAUGCAUUCUAUGGAUUUGUCGACUCAAGAGGCAUAUCGCGGCAUUCCCUGUUUCCGGAAGCUCCCGAGCACCAUAAGCAAUAUAAUUUGCCGGGUGCGCGGAAUUCAUAUUUUAAGAAGCUAAAUUUGGUGUAUAAAGAUUGUAUCCCGUGCGAUGAAAACGAGACAAAUCCUUCGAAGCAAGAUAAUCCGUUCGCCAAAGCCUUUCAAGUAUCGGUUGCAAUGCCACAACCGCCAUUGUUAAGGAAACAAAACAUAAAGAGCUUUUCAAGCGAACUCCCUAUGAAACAAGUUAGCCACGCAUUUGCUCGGAUCCUAUCUACUAAAGACACGGCGAAAUCCUCUGUUUCGCCUCAUAGCUUCGCCCUCAAGAGGUCGAGCUCGGCUGCCUUCAGAUCAGCCUCUCCCGAUUCGUCCAUCAAAAGAAACCAAGUGCAUACUCCAUCGGAGUCGGGAAGAUCGAUUAUGUCAGCGCGUGUAAUACCGGAGACGACGACGACGAUGAACAAGGAAAAACAGAUAAUAUCUUACAGUCAGAGGAGUAAGAAUUUUUUGAAAGCUUUACUCAGCAUUCACCAUUCUAGAAGAAGCAGCAGGUGAUACAUACAUACAUACAUACAUACAUUCAUAUAUAUAUAUAUAUAGCCUUUCUUUGUAACUAAUAUAUAUCUAUUGUGGAAAACUACAUGGCUACUUUUCGAGUGCGAUCAUUCCGUUGGAUGUUAUAUAUGUUUAAAUUUUUAAUUGUCAAUAAAAAUAUUAUUUUUCUAUAA